AGUCCCGGGACCCGGGAAGCAGUGGAGGGGCUCAGUUGUCUGCGCCGCGGAGCUAGGAGAUUAGGGGGUCCGUGGGCCGGGAGGACUUAGCGCACUCCGCUGCUUCUCCAGCCCGGGCAGCGGCGCAUGACCUGCCCAUCUUUCUGGUGCAGUUUUGGCGACAGUGGGACGGGGCAGGCAGCCUGCGGAGUCCCGGGCACUUUGCGGCGCAGUCUCCCCCCCCCCACCCCCCGGCACUGAAAAGACGACGGCAGCCUCUGCCUCAGCCCUGACACCAGGACUAUGUGUGCAGGCGGGACCUCCGGAGUUCCUUCCCCUGCGCGGCGGGGCGCCCAACGCGCUCACUAUCGGUCGCUGCCCCCGCCGCCGCCGCCCCGGCUGCCGCUGGCUGUGCUCUUUCUCCUGUCACUGGUAAGCCCAGUCCCCGCUGCCCUUGGCCGGGAGCUGCUGCCCCCGCACCUCGCAGGGGCCUCCGGGGUCCCCAUGGAGGACGCCAUAGUGCUGGCGAACCGUGGGCUCCGGGUGCCCUUGGGCCGUGAAGUCUGGCUGGACCCGCUGCGCGACUUGGUGCUGCAGGUGCAGCCGGGGGACCGCUGCGCGGUGACCGUGCUGGACAACGACGCGCUGGCCCAGCGGCCCGGCCGCCUGAGUCCCAAGCGCUUCCCGUGCGACUUCGGCCCCGGAGAGGUGAGCUAUUCGCAUCUAGGGGCGCGCAGCCCAUCGCGGGAUCGAGUCCGGCUGCAGCUGCGCUACGACGCGCCCGGAGGGGCGACGGUGCUCCCCUUGGUGCUGGAGGUGGAGGUGGUGUUCACCCAGCUGGAGAUCGUGAUUCGGAACUUGCCGCUGGUGGUGGAGGAGUUGCUGGGGACCAGCAAUGCCCUGGAUGCGCGGAGCCUGGAGUUCGCCUACCAGCCCGAGACUGAGGAGUGUCGUGUGGGCAUCCUGUCGGGUCUGGGUGCGCUGCCUCGCUAUGGGGAACUCCUGCACUACCCGCAGGGCCCGGAACCAGCACGCAAAGGGGGCGCCCAGGAGCCUCUGCUGAUGGAUUGCAAAGCUUUCCAGGAGCUGGGUGUGCGCUACCGCCACACAGGACCCAGUCGCUCGCCCAACCGGGACUGGGUGCCCAUGGUGGUGGAACUGCGCCAGAGAGGGACCCCUGCGGGUAGCCCGGCUUUGAAACGCGAGCACUUCCAGGUGCUGGUGAGAAUCCGAGCAGGGGCUGAGAAUACCGCCCCCAAGCCCAGCUUUGUCGCCAUGAUGAUGAUGGAGGUGGACCAGUUCGUGCUGACGGCCCUCACUCCGGACAUGCUGGCAGCCGAGGACGCUGAGUCCCCUCCUGACCUGCUUGUUUUCAACCUCACCUCUCCGUUCCUGCCAGGCCAAGGCUACCUGGUGAGCACCGAUGACCGGAGCCUGCCCCUCUCCUCCUUCACUCAGAAGGACCUACACCUCCUGAAGAUUGCCUACCAGCCCCCCUCGGAGGACUCUGACCAAGAGCGCCUCUUCGAGCUGGAACUGGAGGUGGUGGACCCAGAGGGAGCUGCCUCAGACCCCUUUGCCUUCAUGGUGGUGGUGAAGCCCAUGAACACACUGGCCCCCGUGGUCACCCGGAACACUGGCCUCAUUCUCUAUGAGGGCCAGUCUCGGCCUCUCACGGGUCCCAUAGGCAGUGGCCUCCAAAACUUAGUGAUCAGUGAUGAGGACGACCUAGAGGCAGUGCAACUGGAGGUUGUGGCUGGCCUCCGGCAUGGUCACCUUGUCCUUCUGGGUGCUUCUUCCUAUAGCCCUGCUCCUAAGACGUUCACAGUGGCUGAGCUGGCUUCUGGCCAGGUGGUCUAUCAUCAUGACGACCAAGAUGGCUCACUCAGCGACAACCUGGUGCUUCGAAUGGUGGACGGAGGGGGCAGGCACCAGGUGCAGUUUCUGUUCCCUAUCACACUGGUGCCUGUGGAUGACCAGCCCCCAGUCCUCAAUGCCAACACUGGACUGACUCUGGCUGAGGGAGAAACAGUACCCAUCCUGCCUCUCAGCCUCAGUGCCACUGACAUGGACUCAGAUGACUCUCUCCUGCUCUUUGUGUUAGAGUCACCAUCCUCCACUUCAGGGCAGCUGCUUCUCCGCCAAACUCACCCUCCCCUGAAUGGGGAGGAGGAGGAAGAGUUGGUUAAGACAUCUUGGAGAAAGCAGGGAGCAUUCUUUGAGCGAACAGUGACAGCAUGGCGGCAGCGGGACAUAACAGAGGGGCGUCUCUUCUAUAGACAUACUGGGCCCCAUACCCCUGGGCCAGUGAUGGACCAGUUCACCUUUCGAGUCCAGGAUAACCACGAUCCCCCUAACCGGUCUGGGCUCCAGAAGUUCGUGAUCCGCAUUCACCCCGUGGACCGCCUCCCUCCAGAGCUGGGCAGUGGCUGUGCCCUGCGGAUGGUGGUGCAGGAGUCCCAACUCACGCCACUGAGGAAGAAGUGGUUGCGCUACACUGACCUGGACACCGAGGAUCGAGAAUUGCGCUACACGGUGACCCAGCCCCCCGUGGACACAGAUGAAAACCACUUGCCAGCCCCUCUUGGCACCUUGGUCCUGACUGACAACCCUUCAGUGGUGGUGACCCAGUUUACCCAAGCCCAGAUCAACCACCAUAAAAUUUCAUACAGACCACCGGAUCAGGAACUGGGAGUGGCUGCCCGAGUGGCCCAGUUCCAGUUCCAAGUGGAGGACCGGGCUGGGAAUGUUGCUCCAGGAGUCUUUACGCUUUACUUACAGCCUGUGGAUAAUCAGCCCCCUGAGAUCCUCAACACUGGCUUUACUAUUCAGGAGAAGGGGCAGCACAUUGUGAGUGAGGCAGAGUUGCAUGUGAGUGACGUGGACACCGAUGCAGCCCACAUCACUCUUACUCUCACACAGCCACCCAGGCAUGGUCACAUGCAAGUAUCUGGACAGAUUCUGCAUGUUGGGGAGACCUUCCAGUUGGAGGACAUAAAACAGGGUCGAAUUUCCUACAUCCAUAGUGGAGAUGUGUCCCUGACUGACAGCUGCACGUUGGAGGUCAGCGACAGACACCAUGUGGUGCCCAUUACUCUCAGAGUGACUGUCCGCUCAGUGGAUGGUGAGGUACCCAUGCUGAGUCUCCCUGUGGGCACUCUGGGGACCUAUCUUGAUGUCCUAGAACAUGGGGCUACUGAAAUCACUGCCAAUAUCAUCAAGGGGACUGAAGAGCACACUGAUGACUUGAUGCUGACUUUCAUCUUGGAGGAUCCACCCAUGUAUGGGGAAAUACUUGUCAAUGGCAUUCCAGCAGAGCAGUUUACCCAAAGGGACAUCUUGGAAGGCUCUGUUGUCUAUGCACACACUAGUGGUGAGAUAGGUCUGUUGCCCAAAGAGGACUCUUUCAACCUGAGUCUGUCGGAUACGUCGCAAGAAUGGAGAAUAGGUAUGAAUACUAUCCAAGGAGUGACAGUGUGGGUGACUAUCCUUCCAGUUGACAACCAGGCGCCAGAAAUUUCUGUGGGUGAGCACUUUAUAGUUAUGGAAGGUGAGAAAAGUGUUAUAACCUCCAUGCAUAUAAGUGCCAAAGAUAUUGAUUCCCUAAAUGAUGACAUCUUGUGCACGAUAGUGGUCCAGCCCACCUCGGGUUAUGUGGAAAACAUUUCUCCAGCACCUGGCUCUGAAAAAUCAAGAGCAGGCAUUGCCAUAAGUGCCUUCACUCUGAAAGAUCUCAGGCAGGGCCAUAUUGACUAUGUCCAGAGCGUCCAUAAGGGGGUGGAGCCCGUAGAAGACCGAUUUAUAUUUCGUUGUUCUGAUGGCAUUAACUUCUCAGAGAGGCAGUUUUUCCCUAUUGUCAUCAUCCCCACCAAUGAUGAGCAGCCAGACAUCUUCAUGAGGGAGUUUAUAGUAAUGGAGGGCAUGAGUCUGGUAAUUGACACUCCCAUCCUCAAUGCUGCUGAUGCUGAUAUUCCCCAGGAUGAUCUCACUUUCAUGAUCACCCAAUUUCCUACUCAUGGUCACAUCAUGAACCAGCUGAUAAAUGGCACAGUUUUGGUUGAAAGCUUCACCUUGGACCAGAUCAUAGAGAGUUCCAGCAUUAUUUAUGAACACGAUGACUCUGAGACUCAGGAAGACAGCUUUGUGAUUAGGCUGACAGAUGGUAAGCACUCUGUGGAAAAGAUGGUCCUCAUUAUGGUUAUCCCAGUUGAUGAUGAGACCCCCAGAAUGGCCAUCAAUAAUGGACUAGAAAUUGAAAUUGGGGAGACCCAAAUCAUCAACAAUAGAAUAUUAAUGGCAACUGAUUUAGACUCUGAAGACAGAUUCUUGGUUUAUAUUAUUCGUUAUGGGCCUGGUCAUGGUGUAUUACAGAGACAAAAACCAACAGGGACCUUUGAAAAUAUCACACUGGGCAUGAAUUUUACCCAAGAUGAUUUGGAUAGAAACCUUAUUCAGUAUGUCCAUUUCGGGCAAGAAGGCAUCCGGGACCUAAUUAAAUUUGAUGUGACUGAUGGAAUAAACGCCCUCAUAGACCGUUACUUUUAUGUGUCCAUUGGAAGCAUUGACAUUGUCUUCCCUGAUGUGAUAAGUAAGGGAGUGUCUUUGAAAGAAGGUGGUAAAGUCACCCUCACAACAGACCUACUCAGCACUAGUGACUUGAACAGUCCUGAUGAAAACUUGGUGUUUACAAUUACCAGGGCUCCCAUUCGAGGUCACUUAGAGUGCACUGAUCAAGCUGGAGUGUCCAUCACCUCCUUCACUCAGCUUCAACUGGCUGGAAACAAAAUCUACUAUAUCCACACAGCUGACGAUGAGGUGAAGAUGGACAGUUUUGAGUUUCAAGUCACUGACGGACGAAACCCUGUCUUCCGGACAUUCCGUAUCUCCAUCAGUGAUGUGGACAACAAAAAGCCAGUGGUCACCAUUCACAAACUGGUUGUCAGUGAGGGUGAAAACAAACUGAUCACCCCCUUUGAACUCACUGUGGAAGACAGGGAUACUCCAGACAAACUCCUCAAGUUCACAAUCACCCAGGCGCCUGUUCAUGGUCAACUCUUAUUAAACAACACCAGGCCUGUCAUGGUUUUUACCAAGCAAGACCUGAAUGAGAACUUAAUCAGCUACAGACAUGAUGGCACUGAAUCAAGUGAAGACAGCUUCUCCUUCACUGUGACUGAUGGUUCCCAUUCAGAGUUCUUCGUGUUUCCUGAUACUGUAUUCGAAACGAGGAGACCACAAGUGAUGAAGAUCCAGGUGUUAGCCAUUGACAAUAAUGCCCCCCAGGUUGCUGUGAACAAAGGAGCCUCCACACUUCGAAUUCUGGCUACUGGCCACUUGGGGUUCAUGAUCACAAACAAAAUAUUGAAAGUGGAGGACAGAGACAGUUUACAUUUUUCUCUUAGGUUCAUUGUGACAGAGACCCCCAGACACGGAUAUCUCCUCAACCUGGGCAAAGGCAACCACAGUGUCACCCAGUUUACACAAGCUGACAUUGAUGAUAUGAACAUCUGCUAUGUUUUAAGAGAAGGAGCUAAUGCCACGAGUGACAUAUUCUACUUCACAGUUGAAGAUGGUGGUGGAAACAAGUUGACUAAACAGCAUUUUCGUCUAAAUUGGGCGUGGAUCUCCUUUGAAAAGGAGUAUUACCUCAUCAACGAAGACUCCAAAUUUCUAGAUGUUGUUCUUAAACGUAGAGGCUACUUGGGAGAAACUUCAUUUAUAAGUAUUGGCACAAGAGACGGAACUGCACAAAAAGACAAAGACUUCAAGGGCAAAGCACAGAAACAAGUGCAGUUCAACCCAGGCCAGACCAGAGCCACAUGGAGAGUUCGGAUCUUGAGUGACGGAGAACAUGAGCAGUCUGAGACCUUCCAGGUGGUUCUCUCAGAGCCAGUGCUGGCUGCCCUAGAGUUCCCCUCCUUGACUACCGUGGAGAUCAUUGACCCAGGAGAUGAAUCAACUGUAUUUAUUCCUCAGUCUGAAUACUCCAUUGAGGAAGAUGUCGGUGAACUGUUCAUCCCCAUCAGAAGAAGUGGUGACAUAAGCCAGGAGUUGAUGGUGAUGUGCUAUACACAGCAAGAAACUGCAACAGGAACUGUGCCCACAUCAGUGCUGUCCUAUUCUGAUUACAUAUCCAGGCCCGAGGACCACACCAGCAUGGUCCGCUUCGACAGAAAUGAACGCGAGAAAAUGUGUAGGAUUAUAGUGAUUGACGACUCUUUGUAUGAGGAGGAAGAAACGUUCCAGGUCCUUCUGAGCAUGCCCAUGGGUGGGAGAAUUGGAUCAGAGUUCCCAGGAGCUAGAGUUACAAUUGUCCCCGACAAAGAUGAUGAACCCAACUUCUACUUUGGUGACCUUGAGUACUCUGUGGAUGAGAGCGCAGGCUAUGUGGAAGUGAGGGUGUGGAGAACCGGCAUGGACCUAUCCAGGCCUUCUAGUGUCACUGUGAGAUCUCGGAAAACGGAUCCUCCCUCUGCUGAUGCAGGAACAGACUAUGUAGGAAUCAGUCGCAAUUUAGAUUUUGCACCUGGAGUCAACAUGCAGACUGUUCGUGUCAUCAUCCUCGAUGAUCUUGGGCAGCCAGUGCUGGAGGGAAUUGAGCAAUUUGAACUGAUACUUCGUAUGCCAAUGCACGCUGCCCUUGGCGAGCCCAGCAAGGUCACAGUGUCCAUAAACGACUCUGUCUCAGACUUGCCCAAGAUGCAAUUCAAAGAACGCAUAUAUAGUGGCAAUGAAAAUGAUGGACAGAUAGUAGCAAUGAUCCAUAGGAGUGGAGAUAUCCAGUUCAGGUCAUCAGUGAGAUGUUAUACACGGCAGGGCUCUGCCCAAGUGAUGAUGGACUUUGAAGAACGACCAAACACUGAUGCCUCCAUCAUAACAUUCCUGUCUGGUGAGACUGAGAAACCUUGCCUCCUUGAACUGAUGGAUGAUGUACUGUAUGAGGAGAUAGAGGAGCUCCGUCUGGUUCUUGGCGCCCCACAAAGCAACUCUCCUUUUGGGGCUGCAGUUGGUGAACAAAAUGAAACUCUGAUCCGGAUCCAAGAUGAUGCUGACAAGGCAAUUAUUAAAUUUGGGGAAACCAAAUUUAGUGUCAGUGAGCCCAAAGAACCAGGACAGUCAGUGGUUAUAAAGAUCCCAGUGAUUCGCCAAGGAGACACGUCAAAGGUUUCCAUUGUGAGGGUCCACACCAAGGAUGGCUCUGCUACUUCUGGAGAAGAUUAUCACCCUGUUUCAGAAGAAAUUGAAUUUAAGGAGGGAGAAACCCAACACAUAGUUGAAAUAGAAGUAAUCUUCGAUGGGGUAAGAGAAAUGAGAGAAGCCUUCACUGUUCACCUAAAACCCGAUGAAAAUAUGAUAGCAGAGACACAGGUGACCAAAGCUAUUGUGUACAUAGAGGAGAUGAACAGCAUGGCAGAUGUCACUUUUCCUUCAGUUCCACAGAUUGUGUCCUUACUGAUAUAUGAUGACACUUCCAGGGCCAAAGCAAAUGCUGAACCCAUGUCUGGCUAUCCUGUCGUCUGUGUCACAGCUUGCAACCCUAAGUAUUCAGACUAUGACAAAACAGGCUCGAUUUGCAUGAGUGAGAACAUCAACAACACUCUGACACGGUACCGAUGGCUAAUUAGCGCCCCAGCUGGGCCUGAUGGUGUGACCAGCCCCAUGAGAGAAGUGGACUUUGACACCUUUUUCACAUCAUCCAAGAUGAUCACUUUAGACUCUAUAUACUUUCAGCCAGGCUCCAGAGUUCAGUGUGCAGCUCGUGCUGUGAAUGCCAAUGGCAAUGAAGGCUUAGAGCUGCUGAGCCCUAUUAUAACCAUUGGCAGGGAGGAAGGUCUUUGUCAGCCUCGGGUGCCAGGAGUUGUGGGAGCAGAGCCGUUCUCAGCUAAGUUGCGCUACACAGGCCCUGAGGACCCAGAAUACACAAAUGUCAUCAAGCUCACAGUCACUAUGCCACACAUAGAUGGCAUGCUCCCGGUGAUCUCUACUAAAGAGCUUUCCAACUUUGAGCUCACCCUCAGCCCCGAUGGCACGAGAGUGGGGAACCACAAGUGCUCCAACCUCCUGGAUUACACUGAAGUGAAAACUCACCACGGCUUCCUGACUGAUGCUACAAAAAAUCCAGAAAUAGUUGGAGAAACCUAUCCUUACCAGUACAGCUCCACUGUCAGAGGUUCUAGCACCUUACGUUUCUACCGGAACCUGAACCUAGAGGCCUGCUUGUGGGAGUUUGUCAGCUACUAUGACAUGUCAGAACUGCUCACUGACUGUGGAGGCACCAUUGGAACUGAUGGACAGGUGCUAAACCUUGUGCAGUCCUAUGUGACCCUUCGAGUUCCUCUGUAUGUUUCCUACGUGUUCCAUUCUCCAGUUGGGAUAGGAGGCUGGCAACAUUUUGACUUGAAGUCUGAGCUCCGUCUAACAUUCGUAUAUGACACUGCCAUCUUGUGGAAUGAAGGAAUUGGCAGCCCACCGGAAGCUGAACUUCAAGGUGCUCUCUAUCCAACCAGCAUGCGCAUUGGUGAAGAAGGGCGUUUGGUUGUGAACUUCAAGACAGUGGCUCAAUUCCAUGGCUUAUUUGUGCUGUCACAUCCUGCCUCCUUCACAAGUUCAAUGAUCAUAUCAGCGGAUCAUCCAGGUCUGACAUUUUCCCUCCGCCUAGUAAGGAGUGACCCCACCUAUAAUCAGCCACAGCAGCAAUGGAGCUUCGUGUCUGACUUUGCAAUACGUGACUACUCGGGGACCUACACUGUGAAAUUGCUGCCGUGCACUACUCCAUCUCACCAAGAGUACCGCCUGCCAGUCACUUGUAACCCCAGAGAGCCCGUCACCUUUGACCUGGACAUUCGAUUCCAACAGGUUAGUGAUCCAGUGGCAGCUGAGUUUAGCUUGAACACUCAAAUGUAUCUGCUCUCCAAGAAGAGUCUGUGGCUGUCUGAUGGAUCCAUGGGAUUUGGGCAAGAAAGUGAUGUUGCUUUUACAGAAGGGGAUGUAAUUUAUGGCCGUGUCAUGGUGGAUCCUGUCCAGAAUCUCGGUGACUCCUUUUACUGCAGCAUUGAAAAGGUGUUCCUAUGCACUGGAGCUGAUGGCUACGUUCCCAAGUAUAGUCCAACCAAUGCAGAAUAUGGCUGUUUAGCUGAUGCUCCAUCCCUCUUAUACAGAUUUAAAAUUGUGGACAAAGCUCAGCCAGAGACUCAAGAUAUUAGUUUUGGAAAUAUCCUGUUUAAUGCCAAACUGGCAGUGGAUGACCCUGAAGCUAUUCUUUUAGUGAAUCAGCCUGGAUCUGAUGGAUUUAAAGUGGACUCAACAGCACUGUUUCAGGUCACUCUGGGAAGAGAGUGGUACAUACACACCAUCUACACAGUAAGAUCAAAAGGCAGUGCCACACGAGGCAUAGGCAAAAGAAGUGUGGAGUCCCAGUACCACUCUUUGGUGAGUCAAGGCAAGCCUCAAGCAACUGCCAAGAGACAGACUAAGAGAGAGAUCAAGAGCACACCCCAGCUAGCAUGGGAAAUCGGAGCUGAAAACAACCGAGGAACGAAUAUCCAGCAUAUUGCCCUGGACCGCUCUAGCAGGAAGCAGGUCCCCCCAGGGAGAGUUCCUCCUGAAGGCGUACUUCCCAGGGAGCUCAACAAUCCCAGCUCUGAGAUCAACCUGGUCACAGUCUUGGGAGCUAUCACAUCAGUAUUUAUUGCCCUCUGCCUCACUGCCAUUGCAGCAAUGAUGUACAAAAAUAAGAAGGGUGCCAGGAGGAAGGAUGUCUCAAAGAGCUCUGGCAGCAGCGAGCCCAUGAUGCCCCCAAAGAGCCACUACAGCGACAGCUCAGAGGUUUGAUGAGGCAGGUGGAGCUCAGCCUUUUCCUCAAGUGCCUCAAAAAGUACAAUCAAAUCCCAAAGGACCCUGUGAGAGGCAGAGAACUGGGGACGUCUGUGACAAAGCGCUCAGAGGAACGGACUCAUGAACUUUGAUUUGAAUUAUCUAGUCAUUCAUGUGUCAAAGGACAAAUUCAGACCACAGAUCACAUACAUCUUACCCCGAAGGCACAACUGUGUAUUCACAGGUACAUGGAUCCAAAGACUAUAGUAUUUUUAAGCGUUUUUCUCUACACAGUGCAGAUGAACUUGCCUAAAGGUGCUCAUAGACCCUCUCAGCUAUUUAAGAGGAGUCUGUUAUUGCUUUAUUUGUAUGAAUCUUGAUGGGACAGUUGUCACAUUGUUUGUUCAUUGUGUAACAGUGUAUUAAUAGAAAGGUACUAAUUGGUGGUCUCAAAGAAUGGCAAACACAAGAUUUAUUAUGACAAGUUUUCUGAUUGAUGUGGACAGUAUGGAAUUAUGACCGGAAGUUGCUCAAUGCACAAAUCAUCUUUUUGCUACAUGAGGGGAAGGAAAGAUAGAGGGAAAGUAACUCAAAAGUUACUUUUAGGGAAAGUAACCUGGGUUUCAGUUCUUUCUCGUCCUCAUCAGACCCUCGUUUUAUUUGCUUAUUUAAUUUUAAAUUAAACCAAAGAAUAUGGUAAGACUGUAAGAACUUGUUCAAGUGAGAUUGUUAUGUUUUGGAUAUAUAGUAAGAAAUAGUAGAGUUCUUGCAUGAUAAUAUGCCUUAUGGUGCUCACACUUGUGGCAGCUGAGAGGGUGCUAACAUUUUGAUGGCAACAAAGAUACACUAUAGAGUUAGUGACAUUUACAAGACAAUGUUCCCUAAGAACUGAGCCUAGGUGUUUGCAGUAUUGAACAUCCUUACAGAUGGUGAAGGGGGAAUGUUAUAUUUAUUAAAAUAAAAAUAUUUAACCAAA